GAAUGCUGUGACGAGGAGAGGCAGGAUCCCAAUAUUUAACACACAGGGCACUGAUACAUCUACACCUGUCACUGGCUGCUCCUCCUGAAGAACUAAUGCACUUUAUCUCUCUCUUCACAAACUGAAGAUAUCCACACAUGGGACUGCCGAUCCGACAUCCGUGCACUUCUUGAGAAGUCACAAUGUUUUUUGCCAUUAUUUACCGGGACAGAAGCGUUUUAUCAUGAACCUGUAAAGCUGCGACAGGACAUCUGAUCCUCACCUAAAAAUCAAACAUGCCACUCGCAACUAUGCCGAACAGAAAUCUUUCUUGAUACAACUGGAAACAGCAGGAUCCAAAAGAAGAUGUUCGCACCUAUUUGAACAUGAAUCUCCCAUCAUAGCGAGGAUUACAGGACACCACAUGCGCCCCUGAAUCUCUUUAUUAUAGCCUGUAUCGUAUUGAGCCAAGUGCUUUAGGUAUAAUUAUGAUCCUCUUCCGUAAAUUUCGCGUGUUGAUUUUAAUGGUGUUUCUCGUCGCCUGCACCAUGCACAUCGUGAUAGACCUGUUACCCAAGCUGGAGAAGCGCGCGGCGGGCUCGAGCUCCAGCGCUGGAGGUGGAGGCGGCUGCUCCUGCGCUCACACACCGGGCGAGGAGCCUCGGUCCUGGGCCAAACAGCGCCCAAGAGCCGCCGCCGUCGCCGAACCGGGCUGGCCUAAUAAACACUCUUUGAGACUACUGCAGGAUUUCAGCAAUGAACCCAACUCCAACCUCACUUCGCACUCACGGGAAAAGGUGACGGAGAGAGCCGAGUCUGAAAAGAGAGUGAGGCAGCUGCAGCUGGGCUCGGAGAAGAGAGGUCUGAUGAGAGAUCCAGUGAGAGGACCGAAGCAGAGAGCUGUCCAUGGUUCCUCCAGACUGAAGGCGCUCUAUGAGCACCCCCUCUAUAAGACCGAGCUGCCUCAUCUCUCUGAAGACGACAGCUUGUUCAACCUCAACAGUGAUGUCAGAUUCUACCCCAAAGCUGCCGGACAACAAGAAUGGCAUAACGAGGGGAACAUGGAGGAAGAGGAGUACAGUCCAGCAGGGGAGGCCAAUGCUGAGUCAUAUCCCAACUGGCUCCGCUUCCACAUCGAGAUUAACCGAUACAAGCUCUACCCCAGACACAGCCACAUCAUCGGUGCCCUGCUGAAGGACCUGGUCUCCCAGAAGAUCACCAGUGUAGCAAUGAAGUCAGGUGGCACUCAGCUGAAGCUCAUCAUGUCGUUCCAGAACUACGGACAAGCCCUGUUCAAACCAAUGAAACAAACCAGGGAACAGGAGACACCGCCAGACUUCUUCUACUUCUCUGACUUUGAGCGACACAACGCAGAGAUCUCUGCAUUUCAUCUGGACAGAAUCCUGGAUUUCCGGAGAGUUCCCCCGGUGGCCGGCCGGCUGGUGAACAUGACACGGGAGAUACGAGACGUGACCCGUGACAAAAAGCUCUGGCGGACAUUCUUCGUAUCCCCAGCUAACAACAUCUGUUUCUACGGCGAGUGCUCCUACUACUGCUCCACAGAGCAUGCCCUGUGUGGGAAGCCCGACCAGAUCGAGGGCUCCCUGGCUGCAUUUCUUCCUGACAUGGCACUAGCGAAGCGCAAGACCUGGAGGAACCCCUGGCGCCGCUCCUACCACAAACGCAAGAAAGCUGAGUGGGAAGUGGAUCCGGAUUAUUGUGAUAAAGUCAAAAAGACUCCUCCAUAUGACCGAGGCACACGGCUUCUGGACAUCAUGGACAUGACUAUCUUUGACUUUCUAAUGGGCAACAUGGAUCGCCACCAUUACGAGACUUUUGAGAAGUUUGGAAAUGAGACUUUCAUUAUUCAUUUGGACAAUGGCAGAGGAUUUGGAAAGCAUUCACAUGAUGAAAUGUCCAUCUUGGUCCCUUUGACUCAGUGCUGCAGAGUGAAGAGGUCGACGUACCUGCGGCUACAGCUGUUGGCUAAAGAGGAGUUCAAGCUGAGCUCUCUAAUGGAGGAAUCGCUUCUGCAGGACCAGUUGGCACCCAUACUCAUCUGGCCUCACUUGGAGGCCAUGGACCGCCGCCUGCGCCUGGUGCUCAAGGUGCUGGCUGACUGCGUAGAGAAAGAAGGCUUCUUAUCAGUGGUGGAGAACGACCUGGAGGGACAGCACUCCUCGCACCACCACCAGGCGCACGGAGGGAGGUAGUGAGGCCUCCAGUCAGUUCCCCACCAUGAGCCAAACUGAGGCUUGUGCUCGAGUCACACUCUGAAUUCAGUGAAUUCCUCACCACCAAUGCCUCUGAGGAGCCACCCUAUCAUAUGUGUAGAUGCGGAUGUACAGAGACACAGCUAUCAGAGGAACUCUGGGACGAAGAAGGUGUUUCUGGACGGCUUCAUCUUCAUACUGGAGCUGCAGUGCAUACUUUUCUGUUGCAACCUGAUUUGUUUUGACAAGUCUGCUGAUAUAAUUUAUUACAUUUGCAUAUUUCGAGUUGGCGAGUGUACAGAAGAGUUGGAAACCAAAAGUUGGAACAGAUAUGUUUGUGGGUUUGGUACUCAGAUCUAUAUAUUCAAAAACACAACUGUUAUUAACUAUGUUCAUGAAGGUCUUUGACGUAAGGCCACGCAAACGAGCUUUAAUGAUAGUUCUGCAGUGCAGUACUACUGUGUGAGGACACUUAAACACAUCCUUCCCUCACCUCCUACCAUCUGAACUAAGUCAUCGUUUAAAUUACACAUCGUGCCAUCAAGAAUUGGUGUUGAUUCGGCACAUUUGUUAUUUCACUUAGGGCAAUUCAGAGCGCUUCAUUUGAGGUUAUUCAGUGGUGAAGCACGUGUUUAAACGAGAGAAUCACGCUGAUUGGUUCUUCAGGCGUCCUGUGUCCGCGGUCAGUGUUUCCCAUCUCAGGCCUCAUGCUGAAUACACCUGCUUUCUCUUAAUGAGAUCCUUAAGGACGGGCCGAUGCUAUGCUAACAUGAGUUCAUAAUGAUGUUGGUGGUACUUCACGCUGCAGGUUUCUCGUGUCUCAUCUGGUGGAGUGAUUUCAGUGCUUGAUUAUAGAGUAGGCCGAAGCCUCAAGGGAAUGAAACAAACCAAUAGGAUGUGUAGGGGAACUGAGAGGAAACAACAAGCAAAGUUCUUUCAUGUUAAAAACCAACGAGACCAGAGGAGUCGAAUACUGUUUCAGAAACCGAAUUUGACCACUAGACAAGACAUUUCGGAUUUCAUCACAAAUACUUUAAUCUGUGUUCCAAAGAUAAAUGAAGGUUUAAGGGUUUGGAACAACAUUAUUCAAUGACAGGAUUUUAUUUAUUGGGUGAACUAUGCUUUUAAGAUGGAGGUGGCAUCCCAUUGCAUUUUUCCAAUUUAGAAAUGUUGACUUUCCAAGUUGAAUAGAAUGAGUGUGCGUUCUGGGACCGCAUUCAUGGAAAAAUCAUAAGAAAAAAUAAUCACUAAUAGAAAAUGUGUUGUUACUGUAUUUUGAAUUCAGUAAAAAGUCACGCACACAUAACCAUGACCGAACAUUGUUUAUCAAUCAGUGCUGUCUCUUAUGGAUAUUAUUAGUUAUUUUGAAGGCUUAAUAUUUGAAACAACCCAGGAAAUCAAAUCGUCUUCAAGUUUUGUCUGUAGUAAAAUCCUGAUGAAAACAACGACAGCCUUCUGUUUUUAAAUAUAAUAUGUUUUUACUUUUUGCUUAGGUUACAGUUAAGAAAAAUAUUAGUCUUAGGAAUAAUUUGUGAAUCCAGCACUGAUUAGCAAACUACUUGUCGGUGGAAACUGGUUAGGACAUGGUGUAAUGGUGAUUGAUUGUUUUCUAAUAUGACAUCAUUUCCUUUUCCCUGUUUUGUUUAGUUUCUCAGCAUUAGUCGCAUGUACAAACCUUUCAACAGAAGUCUUAAUUUCACUGCUCUCUAUUAAACAUGUUUUCAGCUUCUUUUGGAUUUUGUAAACCGUGGCCAAAAAGGUAAUAGAGUGCCUUUUAUCAAUCUAGCAGUCUCGUUCAUUCACUCAUAUUCAUGCCAUCACACUUUAAACAAGCUUUAGUUGAAUGCUAAAUGGACCUUUUGGCGUAGACAGUCAUGUGCUGUAUGAUAAAAGCUCACAUUGCUGUUUUUUAAGAGAGUUUUUUCAAUCUCGGGGGUUUAGGUCUUGUUUUGCAUUUGUGAUCCCGGUUCCUCACAGACGUUGUAAAGAUGAUUUGAUAGUCUGACUGCUCUGUGUAAAGUGUGGAGCCACAUGUGUGUUUGUUUAACCCCAGUGCCUGUGCAAUGCUCAAGAAACUUGAAUGUUUGGGGAUUAUUCACAAACUGACCUUUUAGUAGCCCAUGUCCUGGACUCAAAGUUUUUUUGGGGGGCAGUAAGUAAUUAGCCAAACAGACUCAAACAUGUUCCCAAUGCUCACAGUGUUUCUGUACAUAUCUGUAAAUAUGAUACGUUGAUCCAAGAGGCUGUUUUUGGAGCAAAAAAUAAUCAUAAUUCUUCAGUUUUCUUUUCCUCUAGGCAUUGUUACUGUGAAGAUCUGUUUGCAAAAUGAUAAAGGUGUGCAAUAAAUGAAGCUAUGUUGUUGAAA